GCUUAGGCGUCGGCCUCGGUGGGAAGCGGCGAAGAGGGGAGGCUCACGCUGCAGCGCCGGACAAUGACGGCCGCGUUGCUGGGCCGGGUCCUGGCCUGUGCGCCCCACGCCCAGAGCCUGCUCAGGUGCAGCGCGCCGUGCUCCGGCCCCGCGAGGCGGUGGUUCUGCCAGGAGCCCGAGCCCCCCAGCGCCCCGAAGCCGCCCCUCCGCGCCUUCAUCCGCUUCUACGUGGACCAGACGGACACCAUAAAGAAGCAGAACCCAGGUAUAACAGUUUCGGAGAUGGCAAAGAAAGUUGCACACACUUGGAGGAACCUAUCUGUAUCAGAGAAACAAGUAAGCAUAAUUUUUCCCCUUAAGCUUGGAUUUCCUGAGUUUGAACUGGCCAUAUUUGGAAAGCCUAAAAGACCUCAUAGUAGCUUUAACUUUUUCACGGCUGAACGCUUCCAAGAAGCUAAGGGAAUUUCAGCUCGGGAAAAGAUUAAAUGGUUAGGUGACGAAUGGCAAAAUCUAUCCAAUUCUGAAAAACAGAACUAUGUACAGUUGGCUGAAGAUGAUAAGAUUCGAUACGCAAAUGAAAUGAAGUUCUGGAAGGAGCAAAUGAUUGAAGCUGGACGUGAAGAUCUUCUAAGUUGGGAAAAAAGAUCCAAAAUGUUAAGGAACAAAGCAAAAAAGCCAGCAUCGGUUUCAAAAGUAAAAACUGUAAUGAGUAUUAAAACAGCCAAAGCUUCCUCAUCACCUGAAGUUCUGGCAAAAGUAGUCAAGACAAAAAAAUCUGAAGAAUAAAGCUGGUAAACAUUUUAUAUUUUAUUCCUUAUGAUUGCCAUGUCUUUAUCCUGCUUGUAAAAAGAUUAUUACAUCAUUCUGAAAAAAAACUCAGAUGGGCUGCAGAAUAUAUUUAACUUGAAAGUUAUGAAAGGAAUUUGAAUCGCUCUUAGAACUGUUUAAAAAAAAUGACCUCUCCUGCUGUAACAUUGUAAAGAAGUAAUCCAAGUUAAUCAAGCUGUGAACAUUUUUUUUUAUACUGGCUUCUUGGAAAAUCAUUCUUGAUUU